AUAAUUUUCCAAAACAUCUUUAAAAAAAAACUAAACCAAACAACUUUUCGUACUUUUUAUCUCUAAACUUCAUCACCCAAACUCAAACCAAACAUACCCAAAAUCUUUGAAUCAAAAUCUAUUCAACCAAACACUAACUCGAACUCCACCACAACCAAUUUUCUCAAAGCCCUAAUCGCCUCGGAUCAUGUAAUUAAUCCGAAUUCGAAUCUGGGUUUUGGUGGAUUCGAUUUGGAGACCCGAGAGAGCGAGAGAGAGAGAGAGAGAGGGAUCAUGACUCGGCGGUGUUCGUAUUGCAGCCACAAUGGCCAGAACUCUCGGACCUGCCCGAACCGUGGAGUCAAGCUAUUCGGAGUCCGGUUGACUGAUGGAUCGAUCCGGAAGAGUUCCAGUAUGGGUAACUUGACCCAUUACACCGGAUCCAGUAGCGGUAACCUUCAAAAUGGCCUCGCCGGAAACAACCAUGACUCUCCCGGAGACACGCCAGACCACGGCGGCGCCGCUGGAGAUGGGUAUGCGUUGGAGGAUUUUGUUCCCGGGUCGUCGUCCAGUCGGGAAAGAAAGAAAGGCACCAGAGUUCAAUACCCCCCAAAUGAAAGAAGAAGCAUCAUCAUCUUCAAAAUGUCAAUCUUGCCCCUCUUCUUCCAUGGGAAACUCUGAAAUAUUGCAGAUAAUGUCACUACCCAAUUUCAUGAUGACCCCAAACUCGAUCAAUCUAGACUCAACAACCAUGCCCUUACUUGACACCAUAGAGACUGACCAUCACAACAAGUCCUCAACUCAAACCCCUCUCCAACACUCCUUCACCCACCUCCCAUUCUUGCCCGAAAGCCACGACUCCGUCUUGGGCCUCAGUGAAUCCAACUUUCUUGAUGUGUUCACGAGCACUCGACAAGCUGUUGAACUUGAAAAUGUGUCACAGAUCAACUUUGGCUCACCAUUCCUUGAAUUGGAUGGCACGGGGAGGAACGAUGGAAGAGCUGAUGGUUUCUUUGAUGAAUUGCCAGCUGACAUGUUUGAUUACCUCUAGCCAAUUCCAAGCUCAUUGAAGCUUUGAAUCGCUGUUAGGAGAUGAGAAGUUUAUGUGUUUGAUAUGUGUAUUGAACAUGGUAGUGACAAUGUCUUCUGGAUAUUUUGUGUUGCAUAUGUUUUACUACAUGGUGCACUAGUUAGUGGUUUAAUAUUAGCUAGGCAUGAAUGCAUUUUCAUAUUGUGGUAUGACUGAGACUUCUUUGUAGUAUAUUAUUACUAUUUCAGUUCUUCUACAUGCACAAAAUUUAAUCAUAGAAUUAGACAUUUAUACUUA